GUAGACAUGCGCAGUUGAUCAGCUGUUAGCAGCUGCGUUGUCAUCCAAAAGACAGGCGUGAUUGUUUUUUUUCUGUUUUUAUUUUUGAGUUUGAGUCUAUAUUCUUUACAAAUGGCUGGUACUGCGUUAAAAAGACUGAUGGCUGAGUAUAAGCAGCUGACUCUAAACCCACCCGAGGGGAUCGUUGCAGGCCCUGCAAAUGAAGAGAACUUCUUUGAGUGGGAGGCUUUAAUUAUGGGUCCAGAGGACACGUGUUUUGAGGGCGGAGUAUUUCCAGCCCUCCUCUCCUUCCCGUCAGACUACCCCCUCAGCCCUCCUAAAAUGAGAUUCACCUGUGACAUGUUUCACCCAAACAUUUACCCAGAUGGCCGUGUGUGUAUCUCUAUCCUGCAUGCUCCAGGAGACGACCCAAUGGGCUAUGAGAGCAGUGCUGAGAGAUGGAGUCCUGUCCAGAGUGUGGAGAAGAUCCUACUGUCUGUAGUCAGUAUGUUAGCAGAGCCCAAUGAUGAGAGUGGAGCGAACGUUGAUGCUUCCAAGAUGUGGCGUGAGGACCGAGACCAGUUUUACAGCCUGGCCCAACAGAUCGUCCGCAAGUCCCUGGGUCUCUAAUAACAACGACAUCACAUCCGUCUAUGUAGGUCCCAAAUGGCACCCUAUUCCCUAUAGCGCGCACUACUUUAGAGUCAAAGUUCUAUGAGGCCUGGUCAAAAGUUGUGCACUAUAAAGGGAACCUCCGUCUGGAUCUAACCUACCGCUUCCAUUUCACCCAACAUGUCACCAGGACAGGAAGUUGUCAUAACCAGGAAGUUACAGGAGACUACAGUGACAAUUUAGACUAGCUGGUAAGCAUGGAGACGGGCAGAUGACUGAUGGCUCCAUCUCUGGCUGUUUCCAUGGGUAUGAUGAACCCACAAAAACCAUUUGACUCAAAUGACCCGUUUUGUUCCGUUGUCCUCUCUCUCUCUCUCUCUCUCUCUCUCUCUCUCUCUCUCUCUCUCCUCUCUCUCUCUCUCUCUCUCUCUCUCUCUCUCUCUCUCUCUCUCCUCUCUCUCUCUCUCUCUCUCUCUCUCUCUCUCUCUCUCUCACCCCUCUCUCUCUCUCUCUCUCACACCCUCUCUCUCUCUCUCUCUCUCUCUCUCUCUCUCUCUCUCUCUCUCUCUCUCUCUCUCUCUCUCUCUCUCUCUCUCUCUCUCAAGCACUUUAUACUGUUUUCUCAAAGGAAUAUGUUUAGCGUGUUUACUGCCCAGAAUGCCAUUCACUCUGCAAUAUGGCUACAUAGAGGUGCUGUGACUCAUUGGAAUAGUCAAUAAAUAAUAAAAGUGUUUGUGAGAAUUUG